AACAAUUCAUGUUUUUUUCUUUGUAACAUUUCAUUUGAAUCUCAAUAUACAUAUAUAAAAAAUCUUCCACAAUUAACAUCUCAAAACUCAAAACAAUAAAAAUAAAAACACCAUUGAUGGCACUGUCACACACAAUUUCAGCCUUAGCAACAACAACAACACUUUCUUCACCAAGAAACAAACCUCCAAAACCAUUUCUCUUUUCUUCCUUCACAAAAAAGUCACAAUUUUUGACAAAAUCAACAAGACCCAGAAACAGAAGGAACUUUUCCGUAACGGUUAGAAGCGUUGCAGCACCACCCACAACAGCUGAACCCAACCAAUCGUACCCAGAAGCUGAAAGGAACGAAAUUGAUGAUGAAUUUGGUGAUGAGAGUUCGUCUUCGGAGUUUUCAUGGAGGGAUCAUUGGUACCCAGUUUCGUUAAUCGAAGAUCUGAACCCUCGUUUGCCAACACCGUUUCAGCUUCUGGGUCGUGAAAUUGUGAUUUGGUUUGAUAAUUCCAAUUCUCAAUGGGUUGCUUUUGAUGAUAAAUGUCCUCACCGUCUUGCCCCUUUAUCUGAAGGAAGGAUAGAUGAAGGUGGAAAUUUGCAGUGUUCUUAUCAUGGAUGGUCUUUUGAUGGCUGUGGAACUUGUGUUGUGAUCCCUCAGGCUUCACCUGAAGGUCCCGAAGCGCGUGCUGUCCGGUCUCCUAGAGCAUGUGCCACUAGGUUUCCUACCAUUGUGUCUCAGGGUUUGCUCUUUGUUUGGCCUGAUGAGAAUGGUUGGGAGAAAGCAAAUGCCUCUAAGCCUCCAAUGUUGCCUGAUGACUUUGGAAAACCAGAGUAUGCCACGGUGAACAUUCAGCGCGAUCUGUUCUACGGCUACGAUACUCUCAUGGAGAAUGUCUCUGAUCCUUCUCACAUUGAUUUCGCUCAUCACAAGGUUACAGGAAGGAGAGAUAGAGCCAAGCCUAUUCCAUUCAAGAUGGAUUCGCGUGGUUCGUGGGGCUUCUCGGGAGCUAAUGAAGGGAACCCGCGGAUCAGUUCCAAAUUUGUUGCACCAUGUUAUUAUAUAAACAAGGUUGAGAUUGAUACCAAACUCCCAAUAGUUGGUGACCAGAAAUGGGUUGUAUGGAUAUGUUCCUUCAAUGUCCCCAUGGCACCCGGUAAGACUCGUUCCAUUGUUUGCAGUGCUCGGAAUUUUUUUCAGUUCACCGUGCCAGGGCCGGCCUGGUGGCAAGUUGUUCCUAGAUGGUAUGAACAUUGGACUUCAAACAAGGUGUAUGAUGGAGACAUGAUUGUCCUUCAAGGUCAAGAGAAAGUUUUUCUCUCAGAAACCGAGCAAGGCGGCGACAUUAACAAACAGUACACGAGCCUCACCUUCACACCAACACAGGCUGAUCGUUUUGUGUUGGCGUUUAGAAAUUGGCUGAGGCGACACGGAAAUGGCCAGCCAGAAUGGUUCAGCAAGAGCAGUCAGCCGUUGCCUUCAACCGUACUAUCAAAACGUCAGAUGUUGGAUAGAUUUGAACAGCACACACUAAAGUGCUCAUCUUGUAAAGGAGCAUACGAGGGAUUCCAAACAUGGCAGAAAAUCCUAACUGGUGCAACAGUUGUGUUUUGCGCGACUUCUGGGAUUCCAUCGGAUACUCAACUGCGCGUAGUUUUGGCUGGACUUGCGCUUGUCAGCGCAGCCUUAGCUUUUGCCAUUAACCGACUGCAAAACAAUUUUGUUUUCGUCGAUUAUGUGCACGCCGAUAUCGAUUGAACAUAGUAUUGUUCCAAAGGUUUUUAAUGACUUUUUGUAAACUGUAAAUGAUAGAGUUGAGGACAAAUAUCACAUGUAUGUCAAUAUGUGUAUAUAUCCAUUUUCAUUUUCAUCAACAGAAUUCAGAUCUACCUUGAUGUUAAUGAUCAAAUACAAUUGAAAGAUUACAGUUUUGUUUUAAGGGGGUAAUUUUUUGUUUGUUA